GGCUCGGGCGCGGAGCGCUGCUACCUGUGCGCCGCAGUACCCCAAAGGAUUCACCAUCAAAGUAAUCAGGAUAUGUGGAUUAUCCUCACGGUUCCAGUGCUGGAGUUGGGCCUUCACUGCACUGUUGUGUCUAAAAGUGAAGAAGUAGAAAUAUGUAUGGUAAAACACUUUCGAGAUCAAGAAGAGAAAUAUGAAGUAGUUGAAAAGUGGUUUUUAAAAGAUCUGGAGAUGAUUGAUGGAAAAGAAGCAGAUACUGAUAAUCCAUAUUUUGAUAUGCACUUCCACAAAGUCUACAGUAUGGAGGCAUACAGUUGUGCAUCUAAAUACACCUUUGCUCGAACGCUAAGCAAUCUGAAUGAAACGUAUCUUAAAAAGGACUUGAAGAUUGUGAACUUUGAUAGCACCUACCUGAACGAUGAUUCGAUCUGGUCAUCCAACAAUAGGGAUUGUUUAGUACUUAUGAGAAUAUGCUUCUAUGCUUCCAACCUUUUAUGUCUCUCCUUGUGUCCUUUGUCCUGAAGAUGUAUUUUAUAACAUUAAGGGGACUGGUUGAUUUUGCUAACCAGCAUUUUAUAAAUUAUCUGAUGAAAAUAACAAUAAAUGAUACGUGAUAUCUGCUUUUUAAUUUUACCUAUAAGUCCACAGAGGAACCUCUUUUUUUUUUUUAAUAUCCAUCUGACCAUUAAUUUAUAUGUAUUAGAAGGGCCUUACUGGCAAAUAGAAAUACAUGAGGCUUUCAAAAAAAAAAAGGACAGUGAUUCCUAAGUUCAGUGGUGGUUGUUAAUGUAAGAUAAGUUUACCGUUUGCUAUAUGUUUAUAGAGGUAUAAAUCAUUUUUCAUGAAUAGCUAGAAAUAUUGGUAAAUAUUUUAAGAGCAUUUGCAGUUCAUUU